GUGUGAACCUCAUCAGAAGUUGAGGUAGGAACCAACGACUUGACAUAGAGACGAGUCGGAGCCAAAGGCGCGUACAUAACGGAAGUUUAGACGGUUGCUCUGGGUGAACACUGACAGCAUCGCAUCGAACAAGAAAUCAUUCUCUCCCCCUAAAUUAACCCAGUCUCCCCUUUCCCUCACACAUGGCGUCCAAUUCUAAUAUUGAUAUUGAGGGUGCGACCCAGCAUCUCCGGGACAUACUCAAGCUCGACCGUCCCGGGAACAGCACCGAUGCACAAUCAAGUGACGGUCUGAGAAUGCCGUCUUUCAAUGGAGAGCUGAAUGGGUUAUUGGGAGCAGCUGGCCUUUUAGGAAGCAGCGAUCGCUCAGCCAUGUCAGAAUCUACCAGACCCAUCUCCACAGACAUCAGCAGCGCUCAGGAGACUCAGAUAAUCUGCCUUUCUGGUGACGAUGGCUCCACCUCUAUCCCCAUCACCUCAAACAGUGUGGAGAUUGUGGCAAGUCAAGAUUCUAGUAUCAAUAGCAAGGCUCGUGGCAGCAACAAGGUGAAGAUACAACCUGUUGCCAAGUACGACUGGGAACACAAGUAUUAUUAUGGAAGACUGAUAGCCGUGUCCAACUCCUUCUUGGCCUACGCUAUCAGAGGAGCCAACAAUCAUGCAAUGAUUCGUGUCCUGAGUGUGGGUUUUGCUGAGCGCUCCCUACUGAAGGGCUUCACCGGAGCCGUCACAGAUCUGGUUUUUGCCCACCUCGACUCUUCCCUGUUGGGCUGUGUGGAUGAAGCAGGCAACCUGAUGGUCUGGCAGCUCACUUGCACUGGAAACAAGAUACUUGAUCAGGUGGUGGUUCAUGUCCGUCGGCCAGAAGAUACUCCACUGAACUCCCACCGUCGCCUCAUCUGGUGCCCCUACAUCCAGGAUGACAAUGAAGAGAACCAGGAUGACACCAGCCAGACUUUAGCCCUUCUACAUGAAGACAGGGCUGAGGUGUGGGACCUGGAAGUCCUGAGAGCCAACAACAGCAGUUGGCCCAUCGAUGCCACAGACCUAAAAGAAGGCCUCAUCACAAUCAAGGGACAUACCCAGCGAGUCAGUGAAGGGGCUCUUUCUCCAGAUGGAACCGUGUUAGCCACAGCCAGCCAUGAUGGAUACGUCAAGUUCUGGCAGAUAUACAUAGAGGGGGUACAGGACAAGCCGAGAUGUCUUCAUGAAUUGCGGCCUCACGGAGGACAUCCCGUCUCCUGCCUUCUUUUCUGUGACAACCACAAGAGGCAGGACCCCGAGGUUCCUUUCUGGCGUUUCCUGAUUACUGGAGCAGAUCAGAACCAGGAGUUAAAAGUGUGGUGCACUGUUUCCUGGACCUGUUUACAGACCAUCAGGUUUUCUCCAGAUCUGUUCAACUCAUCAGUUCUGCCAAGUCUGAAGGCCAGUCUGGACCUCUCUGCUGAGUAUCUCAUCCUCACUGAUGUACAGAGGAAGGUACUGUAUGUGAUGGAGCUGCGGCAGGACCUGGAGAAAGGCAAGGCCACUUUCACAGCGGUAUCAGAGUUCCUGCUGACACACCCUGUGCUCAGCUUUGGGGUCCGGGAAGUCGCCCACAGUCGAUUGCGACACACUGAGGUCCUCCCUGCAGAAGAGGAGAGUGAGAGCCUGACAACAGAGGGCACUCAAGGACCCACAGAGUCCAAGUCUGGGAUCCAAAUUAAACUCUACUGUGUUCACACCAAGAGUCUGCAGGAUGUCCAGAUCUGGUUUCAGCCUAACUUAAGUUCCAGCUCUGCUGUCUUCCUGCCCCGUUCUGAUUCUCAGGAUGGUUUUGCAGGGUUUUCAGACCAUCUCACUGACCAGAGCUCUGACAAGGAAUCAGGAAGUGGCUCCCAGACCGACCUAAGGAAGAUCCCAUCGCUUCCUGCUCCCACUGACUUCCUGUCAAACUCGGCCACCAGCAGCGGGACGAUGCCAAAGCUGAUGACUCCUGAUGCUUUCAUGACACCAAGUACUUCGGUACCAGCUUCUCCUGGCAGUAGCGCCAGCAGUCUGACCAUUGUGACAGCUGUCAGCAGCAACUCUGACUCAACCAACAGAGCUAUAGACGAUGUCAGUCAGAGUCCUAACAGAGCAGAGAACAACAGCAGCAGUAGUUUGGCACUGUCCACCUCCACCAGCAGCCCGAGAGCUUCUUCUGCUGUGCUGCUGUCUGGCCUGGAGAAGCUACAGGCUUUAGCGUCCCCAAGUGGCCCUCUUGCACUUGACAGCCCUCAGAUUUUGGAUUCUCCCCUCCUGCCAACUCUAGCCUCUCCGACCAGGGCCCGUUCCCCUGACGUCAUCUCCUCCGCUUCUACAGCCAUGUCUCAGGACAUGCCAGAGAUUGCUUCCCAAACCCUGCAGCUCCAGCGUGGACUCAUGUCCAGCUUGGAGCCCUUACCUCUUUCUGCUCUCCAGACAGACAGCAUGGCCUCUGCUGCAUCUGCCCUGCACCUACUCACCUCGCCACGCACAGCAAACAACAACAGCCUGUUGCACCUCGAAAUCGGAGGGGCAGACGGACCAGUGGGUGGGGCAGUAGAGUCAGAGCCCAGACUCAGCCACACCCCAUCUCUACUUGAGAACGCCUUAUCACAGGAGAACCCUGGUGUUGGAGGAGGGUCCUCAGAUGGUAAUGUUAGCCACACAUCUUGGCCGGCUGCGCCCGACAUCACUAGAGAAACGAGGAACAGCCUCAGGGACAAUGGUCUUGGAGACGGUUCAAGAGAGGAGUCGAAGGACAGACAUUUGAGCUCACCUUACCAUCGACGCUCCUAUCACCUCACACAGAAUGACAGUCAGGACGCUGGCGCUGAGCAGAGUGACCCAGAUGAUGAGGUGGCCAGCUUGGCAUCAUCCUCAGGACAUUGUGGUACUCGCUCUUCCCACAGAUUACCAGUUAAGGACUGGAAGACAUCACCACGAGCCUCGCCAAAACUAAAGCGGAAGACCAAGAAAGAUGAUACUGAAUCGUCUCACUCCAGGCAAAUGGACUCUAGUCAGAUGAAUGCUGAAGUACAGGACGAGUUGUUAAUGCUCCUGCGUAGCCAGCAGAGGGAGUUAACUGAACUGCGUGGACAGAUUGAAGCUAUGCAGAGCUCCAUUAUGGCUCAAGUAGAGCACGUCCUUACCAACCACCAGGAACAAGAACAGCGCAGAAUGGAGCGUGUUCUUGCAGAGAGUCAAAAUCAUCAGCAGCAACUCCAGGAACAACUCAGCCAGCAGCUUAGCCACACCCUCGGCUCUGUGCUAACCAACAGAAUGGACAAAGUGCUGCGAGAGGAAAUGAAGAAAACAGUCCCACAAACAAUCUCUAAGAGUCUGGAGCCAGUGACAGGUCAACUGAGCAAUACAAUUGCUGCUAAGCUGACCGCUGUGGAGGUCACCCUGAAGGACAAUGUCACCAAGGUGGUCAAAUCAAAGAACACAACGGAUGCAAUUGGUCGAGCAGCAGCUGAAGCGAUGCAGGGGCCCAUCCAGGCGGCCUAUAAAGACGCCUUCCAGAGCAUCGUGCUCCCCGUUUUUGAAAGAGGCUGCCAGUCCAUGUUCCAACAAAUCAACGACAGCUUUAAACAAGGCACACAAGAAUACAUCCAACAGCUUGAGACCCAUAUGAAGAACAAGAAGCAGAGAGAGCAGGAGACACGAGACCCCAUGGUUGGCCAGCUCCAGCAGAUGAUCGACAGUUUCCAAAGCUCCAGUGAUCAGCUGGCAAAUAACAUCACAGCCAAUGUCCGGGCAGAGGUCCAGCACCAGAUCCAGAUGAUGGUGGGAAAUUUGCAGGAAUCUAUUCUUAGCCAUGUGCAGCGAAUUGUCAAAGGUGAGGUGAGUUUGGCAAUGAAGGAGCAGCAGGCUGUGGUCACCUCUAGCAUCAUGCAGGCAAUGAGGUCAGCAGCCGGCACGCCCGUCCCCACAGCACACCUAGACUACCAGACGCAGCAAGCCAAUAUCCUGCAGCUCCUCCAGCAGGGCCAACUCAACCAGGCUUUCCAGCAGGCUUUGUCAGCGACAGAUCUGAACUUGGUCUUGUAUGUGUGCGAGACCAUCGACUCGCAGCAGGUGUUUGGUCAGCACCCCUGCCCGCUCAGCCAGCCCGUUCUGCUGUCGCUCAUCCAGCAGCUCUCCUCCAACCUUACAACCCGCUCUGAGCUCAAAAUCAGCUACCUGGAGGAUGCAGUGAUGAAUCUGGACCAUGGCGACCCACUGACAAGAGACCACAUGGCCGCCGUGUUGGCCCAGGUCAGACCGAAGCUCUUUGCCUUCCUGCAGCAAGACCCCCAAAGCCCGCUGAGUAAGAGGGCGCGGCGCCUGAUGAUGAUGCUGCAGGGUCUCGUCAACCACUAGUUCUUCAUCUGAAGCGUGGUGCAGAAGAGUUGUCCCCCCCCCUGUUUGUUCCCAUUCCUCCCCCUGCUUUACCUGCACCGUUAAAGUGUCAAGUUAGGAAAUAGAAAACAGUUUUUGUUGGUCUGUUCUUUUUCCCUGGACAGACCUUGUAAGACAAUAAUAUCCUGGACGACUCUUUUGGUUCACUGUAGAUUCUACUUCAUUACUGCUGCUUUCCCCCCCAAGAGGCAUUCUGGUUGUGUCUCAUCCUAUUAUGCCCAUCAAGAAGCAGAAGACUGUCUCAGAGCCGGCAGGCAGAGAGCCUGAAAUUUCUGGUUGUCCCCAUCUCCCAGACACAUCACACAUGACGCUCCUUUGAUGUCACUUCAUCUAAAUGUGCAUAAGACUCAAAGAAUGUUUAGCCGAGUGCUCCGCAAGACCAACCAUCGCCGUUUCAUUUGUUCUACUUGUUUUCCUCCGACCCCUCAGACGGACAUGUUAAUUUCCAGAAUACUGAACCAGUUGUGAUGCAGGGGCUACUUCUGAGCAACAGAAGGAACCCGAAGCACGCUAAAAGGAGACACGUUUCAUGUUUCAGACGUGUUGUAUCUCGACCUUAAGAGUAAACAGCAGGCUUGGACACAUUUUCUUUUUCAAUAGUCCAGCAUCCUCUCUAGAGCCAACUUGGAGUUCAGUUGCUGCAGGAUUACGCUGUUCUCAGUUCAGAAAUUCGUAAACAACCCAGCUAAUCCCAGCAACCUAAAGUAUGUAACGACCAAAGCCAUUUUAUGUUGGUUACAUAUUUCCUUUGAGUUAUUUCUUAAUGGGUUGGAGACAACCUUGCCAGGCCAAAUAUUUGUCAGUAUUUUGAAGAGGAUCAACAUUGUUUUACUGAAAGUUCAUAGAAUUUGUUCCUGCGUUUGAAGUAUUCAGGAUGAAACACAUAUCUCAUUAGACUUUUUCCAUUCGUCCUUGUUUUCAUAAAUCAUUCUAAUGAGGGUUUCUGAAGGAUACAAAUAAGAUUAAUGAUGAGGAAAUAACAUUUUUGAAAUGUAACAAAUAUUUGCGACGGUCCUCCAGGCUGGAGAGAAUUCUCCUGUAAAAUCUGACCUGUUUGGAGCCCAACAUCGAGUUUGGUAGCCGUCCAUGUGUACAGCUCUGUCCUGUAAAUUAAUCACACUUCUCCCCAUGUUUUCUUCUGUACGUCAGUCCCUUUUUUUAUAUAAACACUUAGUAUUUGUAAGACUUGUAUACUUGCUUCAAGAGUUGUCAAACUAGUUCUAAUACAUAAUAAAACACUUCCUAAACAUAAUAGUUACCAAUGAUGUUAUUUUAUCAGGAUAUUCCAAAUGUUUGAAAACGUAAUGUGCAGUUACUUCUAAUAGGCUGUAGGAGGCAGCACUUAGUUGGACUGCAGAUGUUCACCCUGCUUGUCUUUAGGUUUGGAAUUCUGAAAUCAUUGCUGCUCCCGCAAUAUCUGUUGUACCAAACUUUAAAAAGCCUGCCUUUAGGUUGUAAAUGCACCAUUUGUUCAUCUUUGACUGAGUGUGUUGAAAGUGUAAGAGUGUGUGUGUGAGCGAGCGCGCGCAGCCCACACAUCAUUGUUUAAUUGCAGGGUGGCCACACUGUUUUGCUGAUUGUAAAAUAAACGUUCUGUUAAUUUGACGUCUGUGUUUAGAAUCUGUUAAGUUGGAUUUGUCUAGCAAGUGCCUUAUUGCAUUCUACGUGUUUUACUUCAACAUUUGAUCCUAAUUUGGCCUUUAGACAGCUUGUAAUGUUUCUAGCAUUAUCCCACAGCAGUUCCAUUUGAGUUUUACAAGCAGUUAUGUCAUUUUAAAGGUCAUGUUUUGGUUGGAUCUGAAGUAAGGCUCAAACAGCACAGUGGAGGAUAAUCUGUAUGUUUUGUUUGCAAACAUUUGACUACCAAGUACAGUUGAUUUUGGACCGAUAUUUGAAUGCUCAUCAAACAGAGGAAAGUACUAUUUUGACCACCUUCACCAUUCAGUUACGGACCCUGUUUUUUUGUCGGGUUGACUCCUGCUUUACCCCGAGUGGGAGCUGUGUGAGAAACAGGACUGAAACAAGUGUGUAUUUCUUCUUUCUUCCCUUUUUCAUCAUUUCCUUCGGCUUGGAUUGUUAUGUUGUAUCUUUUACUGUUUCUUUUACCCUAAACAUUUUUUGAAUAAAAAAAGACUUGAUCAGUU